UAGGCGCCUUGCAGUUGCUCUUCUCGUUUUCUCCUUUUCUUUCUCUCUCCUCUCUCUCCUUUUUAACUUGCUACGUUCUCUUUCCUUCUUCUAGGGGAGGGAUGCUAAGAAGCGCUGUGCCUCUGUCACCCCAGCUCUGAUUGGAAUACGGCCAGCAGCAGUAAAAGAGAAAAGACCCCCCCCCCCCCCCCACACACACACAAAAAGAAGAGAUCCUGACUUGUUUAAGCAAUGAGAAGCUCUGCUUUCCUGCUGUGCAUUGGAAUCGUAUAUUGCAUUGCAGCGAGGGACUCCGCACCGGUUGCAAAGGAAGAACUGCUGAAAGAUGACACUAUUGCUGAGCUGCUGAAGAAAGAAAAAGAACUUGCACAGGCUCAAAAACUACAAGUGAAGUUUAAUCUUCGCUCCUCCACAGUUCCAGGGGGCGAAGGCUGCUUUCUCUCCAUUGGCCAAGACAAAUGUUUAGAGGACUGCAAAUUCAAUUUGACAGCUAAAACCUUCUUUAUUAUUCAUGGAUGGACAAUGAGUGGCAUGUUUGAAACCUGGUUGGAAAGCCUGGUGGCCGCUCUUCAGGAGCGAGAGAAGGAUGCUAAUGUGGUGGUGGUGGACUGGCUUGGACUUGCCCAUCAGCUCUAUACUGAUGCUGUGAACAACACAAAGGUGGUUGGAAAGGCCGUUGCAAGGGUGCUCAACUGGUUACAGGAAAAGCAGAACCUCCUGUUUGAGAACGUCCACUUAAUUGGGUACAGUCUUGGUGCCCAUGCUGCUGGAUAUGCUGGUAACUAUGCACACGGAACAAUAGGCAGAAUUACAGGCUUGGAUCCAGCUGGCCCUAUGUUUGAAGGAGCUGAUCCUCACAGACGUCUAUCCCCUGAUGAUGCUGACUUUGUGGACGUUCUUCAUACGUUUACGAAGGAAACACUGGGUGUCAGCAUUGGGAUCCAGAUGCCUGUGGGUCACAUUGACGUCUAUCCCAACGGGGGAGAUUUCCAGCCUGGUUGUGGAUUAAGUGAUGUUUUGGGAGCAAUCGCAUAUGGGAAUAUUGGGGAUGUUGUUAGAUGUGAACAUGAACGAGCUGUACACCUCUUCGUGGACUCCCUUGUGAACCAAGAUAAGCAGAGCUUCGCCUUUCAGUGCACCGACUCCAGUCGUUUCAAGAAGGGAAUCUGCCUGAGCUGUCGAAAGAACCGCUGCAAUAGCAUUGGCUACAAUGCCAAGAAAAUGAGGAACAAAAGGAACAGCAAGAUGUACUUGAAAACCAGAGCGGAUAUGCCUUACAGAGUUUACCAUUAUCAGAUGAAAAUGCACAUCUUCAGCUACAAAAGCUUAGGAGAAACAGAACCCACCUUCUCAGUUACCCUUCAUGGUACCAAUGGCGAGUCUCAACCCCUCUCUCUGGAAAUACUUGAGCAAAUUGGCCUGAAUUCUACUAGCCCCUUCCUGGUCUAUACUGAAGAAGACAUUGGUGACCUCUUAAGGAUCAAGCUCACCUGGGAAGGAUCAUCUCAGUCUUGGUACAAUCUGUGGAGAGAGCUCAAAAGUUACUGGUUCCGACCUGAUAAAUCUUCCAAGGAGCUGCAGAUCAGACGUAUACGUGUGAAGUCUGGGGAAACUCAACAGAAGUUAACUUUCUGUGCAGAGGAUCUUCAGCUGACCAACAUAUCUCCUGGUAAAGAUCUUUGGUUUGUGAAAUGUAGAGAUGGCUGGCCAACAAAAAACCGAACAAGAUCAGCUUUGAAUCUGCACUGAAGGUUUUUCUGAAGACUUGCACAAAAGGACCUAACUAUCCAAAACAUAUGAGAAGACUACUGCAGAAAAUUACAUAGGUGGAGAGACAUUUAUGCAGUUUGUCUUAGUACCACUUACUAUUCAGGACAGAAAACUCUGUCUUGAACUGAUGCAGGCAAUAUUUCUGGUGAGGAGUGAUCCAUAUGCAUGCAGUUGCUGUCCUAGAAUAACUUAUUAAAAUUACUAAACUCA